AUGCUUUCUACUAUUGAUUCCAGCAAUUUGACGCCGAUCAAUACCGAGAUGACACCGCAGAUGCAACUCCGUACGAUUCUACGUCGAAGAGGAGUGAAUUCUGCUGUCAAACGCGCGAUAGAAAACGCAUCAGGACUUCUUAGAGUCCGUUAUGACGCAUUGUUGUCCUUUGUUCGAACCCAGGAGAAUUGCGAAGAACUCCAGCAAGAAGUCGACCGCUUUUGGAAGGAACAACAAGGCGAGAAGUUACUAGAAGACGCGCAAAUCCUUAUUACAGCUGUGGAUGCGCAACUUCUUAUGGACGAGUCGCUAGAAAACAUCCUGUCGCAACAGCCCAGCGACGAAGUCGUUACUGCCACUGCCGCUUUGACCAUCUCAGAUACGGGACGUCCACAAGACAACCAACCGGCUCAAGAACAUCAGAAUCCGAACCAAGACGCACUGCCAUCUACGCCUAAACAAGACACUCCCUGUUCGGUGCUACAGCCGAUUCAACUACGUCGUCUGGAAUUGCCAACUUUCGACGGUGAUGUCACCAAGUUUCACGAUUUUUGGUGCAGAUUCAGGACUGCAGUGCAUGAUAACCCAACUCUCCCGUUGUCGACCAAGUUCAUUUACUUGACCAACUCGUUAAAAGGGCAGCGCAGCACUCAUUGUUCAAGGCUACGAUCCAUCAAGCCAGAAAACUACCAACUUGCUGUAGAAGCGCUUCGUAGACGAUAUGAUCGCCCUAAGUUUACCCACAACCUUUUCCAUCAGAGGUUGGAGCAGUUGCCAGCGUCAAGCCAUUCAGCUUCGGCACAACGAGACACACUUUCCCAAAUUCAGUCCUUUAUUCUGCAACUCAAUCGCUACGAGGACACCACCACUUCGUUGGCACUUGAAGAAGAUUUCAUGAAGAAAUUCCCUCGUGAAACGCAGUUGGAAGUCUACAAACUGGAACACCGCUCAGGGAAAACGUGGACUUUACCAGAACUUCUAGACGGACUUAACGAACAGUUUGACGCCGAUCGAUACCGAGAUGACACCGCAGAUGCAACUCCGCACGAUUCUUACGUCGGAAAGGAGUCUUCCUUAAAGUCCGUUACGACGCAUUGUUGUCCUUUGUUCGAACCAGGAGGAUUGCGAAGAACUCCAGCAAGAAGUCGACCGCUUUUGGAAGGAACAACAAGGCGAGAAGCGACAUGCUUAAAUCGUCUACUGAACACUGCCCGCUUUGGGACAAUCCUCAGAUACGGGAACGCCAUAAGACGAACACAACCCGCGCGCUACAAAAGAACACUCAGAAUCGCGAACCAAGACGCACUGCCAUCUACGCCUAAACAAGACACUCCCUGUUCGGUGCUACAGCCGAUUCAACUACGUCGUCUGGAACUGCCAACUUUCGACGGUGAUGUCACCAAGUUUCACGAUUUCUGGUGCAGAUUCAGGGCUGCAGUGGCGAUGAUAACCCUACUUCUCCCGUUUGUCGACCAAGGCAGCGCAGCACUCAUUGUUCAAGGCUACGAUCCAUCAACGCCAGAAAACUACCAACUUGCUGUAGAAGCGCUUCGUAGACGAUAUGAUCGCCCUCAAGUUUACCCACAACCUUUUCCCAUCAGA